AUGAAGUUCUUCUCGCUCUUGACUGCAGCUCUUGCCUCGACUGUGGCAUCAAGCCCACUUGAAGCCCGACAGGCUAACUCGAGCAGCAUCGCCGUGUCCUCGACUUCCAUCGCUUCUUCCUCUUCAGCCUCGGCCCCUUUGACCACCGCCUCGCAGGCAGCCGGAUCGGGCGGCGCCAAGAACUCGACUAUCAUCAACAGCUACAAUUCGACUCUCUCCUACAACAGCACCGCCACGUCCAACGACAGCUCGGUCUACGGAGUUGGUGCGGCUGGUUUCGCCAACGUCAAGAAGUCUAAGCACCCGCUCAACAUUGUGCUGACCAACGACGACAGUUGGGCAUCCGCUAACAUUCGUGCGCUGUACUAUGCGCUUCGCAGGGCGGGACACCGUGUCCUCCUGGUUGCUCCUUCGCACAACCAGUCGGGUAAGGGUGGUACUGUGGUGUUCCCUACCUCACUCAACAUCACUUCGGAGGGUCGAGGGGGCUUUGUUCCUGUUGGUGCGCCCUAUGCUGGUCUUAACGUGAGCGACCCUGCUCUGCGUUAUUUCAACGGCACUCCUGUCGCUACUGCCGGCUGGGCGCUCGACAAUGAUGCAGUCUACUUCUUCAACGCAAGCCGCAACGAUACCACUGCCGGUGUCGACCUCGUCGUAAGCGGACCUAACGAGGGCACCAACUUGGGACCAUUUUUGUACACACUCUCUGGCACGAUCGGCGCCUCAUACUUCUCUGUCGAGCGCAGCGUCCCCUCGAUUGCCUUCAGCGCCUCUACCGACAUCCGCCAGUACACCACCCUCAACCUCUCUAACCCGGACGACGAGUCGGUCAAAAUUGCCACCUACUCGUCCAAUUUUGUCACCAUUGUCUCGGAUGAGGCCAAGCGUUCCAACUCGAGCGCCCGCAUCCUGCCCCUGGGCAUCGGACUGACUGUCAACUACCCCAAGAUCGCGCCCACGGGCAACUGUAGCAACCUCACCUGGGUGCACUCGCGCCUUACGGGUAAAGCGAUCAUCGACCGCUUCGUCCUCAACGCCACCACAGGUCUGCCUACUUAUGCUGAUCUGGUGAGCGCGGGUCUUAACACCUGCAUCUCUGGAAACUGCUCCCUACCUGGCGAGACUGAUGUGAUCCAGAACGGCAAGUGUCAGGCGUCAGCCUCGCUUUACUCGGUCGACUACGAUGCUCCUACCAAUGCUACUUCGGACUUUGUGGCUGCGCUCACUUCGGGCAUCUCGUUGCUCAACUCGAACGUCACUUCGUCCAGCUCGAACCGUACAAACAGCACCACCGCUUGA